GGCGAUGGAUGGCUCUGCCCAACUUCCCUGAUUACAACAAAUGGGGCUUUUCCCUGGUGGCUCUGAACAAUGAUGUGUACGUCACAGGCGGCUCCCAGGACGACACAUGGUCAACAACCCAGGCCUGGCGCUUCUGCCCCAAGGAUGGCACCUGGAAGCCCAUCGCUUCCAUGCUGAAAGCUCGGACAAAUCACACCAGCGCUGUCCUCAAUGGAGAGAUCUACGUCAUUGGAGGGACAACCAUGGACGCCGUGGAGGUGGAGCGCUAUGACCCCUACAACAAGAGCUGGUGUGCCAUCAGCCCAGCCCUCAAGUACGUGAGCAAUUUUGCCACUGCCAGCUGCUUGGGCAAGCUCUACCUGGUGGGCUCCUGUGCCAUCAAGUACAAUGCCCUCACCCUGCAGUGCUACAACCCUGUUCAAGAUUUGUGGAGUGUGAUCACGUCCCCCUUCAUCCCCAAGUACCUCUCAGCCCCACGCUGCGCUACCCUGCACGGGCUCAUCUACCUCAUUGGGGACAACACCAAGAAGGUUCACGUGUACAACCCGGAGGCCAACAUCUGGCAGAAGGUGCAGCUCCUGCACACACUCCAUGAGAAUGGCGGGAUGGUGCCACUGGGCAACCAGCUCUUCGUCACUGGUGGCCACUGGAAGGGCAUGGACGGGGACUACCAGGUGGAGAUGGAGGUCUACGAUUGUGCCAAGGACCUCUGGACACAGGAGGGUUCCCUGCCCUGCCUCUGGCUCUUCCACAGCUCCUCCUCCAUCUUCAUAGACACCUCCAAGUGGACGGAGGCUUUCCAGGGUGACCAUGGGUGGUAG